AUGACCCUGGGAGCCUCCGUCAGAGUAUUGCCAAAUGCCGCCAAGCGCGCGUCGAAUCUUCUUCGAACAAUCCAGUAUACCCAUCCUCCGUCAUGUCCGUGCCACUCCAAUCCGGGUUAUCACCGCACCUCCAUCACCCAGAACAAGAACAUAGGCGGCCGCCGGUUCGCCACGCCUUCCAAUGCCGACCUCAAGGAGUAUGCCUUUGAGAUGGCGGCUUCGUCCAUUCGCUUCGGAGCUGGCGUGACCCAGGAGGUUGGUAUGGACCUGAAGAACAUGGGCGCGAAGCGAGUGUGUGUUGUUACCGACCAGACUGUGAAUCAAUUGGAUGCCAUGAGACAAGUUCGAGAGAGUCUCGAUCGCGAGGGCAUCAAUUUCAAGGUCUACUCCGACGACGCAAUUGCAUGGGCAAGGCCGUAUGAGCCAGAUGUUUUUCUCGCUGUCGGCGGAGGCUCCGUCAUGGACACGGCCAAGCUGAUGAACCUCUACACGGCGUACCCAGAUGCAGAUUUCUUGGACUUUGUCAAUGCGCCACUGGGAAAGGGGCUCCCCAUUGACAAGCCCAUGAAGCCGUUGAUUGCAGUCCCAACCACCGCGGGUACUGGUAGUGAGACCACGGGAACCGCCAUCUUUGAUCUCGUUUCCAAGAGAGCAAAGACAGGUGUUGCUCACCGGAAUCUCAAGCCCACCCUUGGAAUAUGUGAUCCGCUCAACACGCGGACCAUGCCCGCUGCCGUCAAGGCCAGCUCCGGUCUAGACGUCCUGUGUCACUCUCUCGAGUCGUGGACAGCUAUUCCCUAUAACGAGCGAACACCUCGGCCCACAAACCCCAUCCUUCGGCCAGCUUACCAGGGAGCCAAUCCCAUCUCAGACAUCUUCUCUCUCAAUGCACUGAAGAGCACAGUCAAGUAUCUCCCACGAGCCGUGAAAAAUCCCGAUGAUUUCGAAGCGCAGAGCGAAAUGCUAUUGGCGGCAACGCUUGCUGGAGUUGGCUUUGGAAAUGCGGGUGUUCAUUUAUGCCACGGCAUGUCGUAUCCCAUUUCUGGCCAAAAUCCAGGUUACAAGCACGCCGGCUAUGAGAUCCCGCACCCCAUCAUCCCACACGGCGUUUCCGUAGCAGUCUCUGCCCCCGCCGUCUUCCGCUUCACGGCAGCUUCCAACCCAGAGAGGCAUCUCGUUGCGGCAGAAGCCUUUGGCGUUGACAUUUCCAACGUAAAGAAAGAGAGUGCUGGUGAGGUCUUGGCUGAGGCACUGAUGAAAUUCCUUCAGGAUCUGGGAGACCAGCCGAAUGGGCUCAAGGAUCUGGGCUUUGGUAGCGAGCACAUUGAUGCACUCGUUGAAGGCACCAUUCCCCAAGCCCGAGUGCUGAAGCUGGCCCCCAAUCUUGCCACGGAACUGCAAGCUGAAAAGGAGCAGCUACGGGGCCUUUUCGAGGACGCCAUGAGCUAUUGA